CAGACGGGCGCAGAGGCACGGCGCCGACAUCCCCCGAGGCCCGAGGGCCCAGCCAUGAAGGCCCUGGGCGCGCACGUCGUAGACCUGCUCCGCGGCCCGCACCUCCUCCGCGCCGCCGUCCUAGCUUUCGCCGUUGCGGUCGCCUUCCUCGUCGGCUACCACUGGCCCAACGCCUACCCGCGCCUUGUCUUCUUCUCGUCCGCCUCCUCCUCGUUGGCGUCCAGGUCCUCCCGCUCUCCUGCCGUCGCGCUCUCCCCCAACUCCAACAUCUCCUUCGAACCGUCUCUGAUCCCUACCCCCACCACCCCGCCUGCUUCUCCUGCUCCCAAUGCCUGCCCCCCGCCCUCGCUACCACCACCGACUCCGGCGCCGCCGCCUCCCCUCCUGCCCCCUCCACCACCAGCGCGCCUCGGCAUCGUCGGCGAGGACGGCGCUAUGCAGGACGACUUCGACAUCGGGAGCGUCGGCGCCAACGACACCGAUCUGGCCAGCGACGAGACCGCGCCGCAGGAGCCUAGCAACGGAGGCGCCAGCGGCGGACCACCCAGGGUUCGGAUUGGGAGGUUCCUGGUCUGUCCCGAGAGCAUGAGGGAGUACAUACCCUGCCUCGACAACGAGGAGGAGAUCAAGCGGUUGCCCUCGACGGAGCGCGGGGAGCGGUUUGAGCGGCACUGCCCUGCCCAGGACAAGGGUCUCAGCUGCCUCGUGCCGGUGCCCAAGGGCUACAAGGCUCCCAUACCCUGGCCUCAGAGCAGAGACGAGGUCUGGUUUAGCAAUGUGCCUCACACAAGAUUGGUUGAUGACAAAGGAGGACAGAAUUGGAUCACCAAGGUCAAAGAUAAAUUCAGAUUUCCUGGAGGCGGAACUCAAUUCAUUCAUGGAGCAAAUCGAUACCUAGACCAGAUUUCCCAGAUGGUACCAAAUGUUGCAUUUGGAUCUCAUACUAGAGUUGUCCUGGAUGUUGGUUGUGGAGUAGCAAGUUUUGGUGCCUAUUUACUUUCACGUGAUGUCCUGACAUUGUCAAUAGCUCCAAAAGAUGUUCAUGAAAAUCAGAUACAGUUUGCUCUUGAGCGUGGUGUUCCUGCAAUGGUAGCAGCAUUUGCAACACGCCGGUUAUUAUAUCCAAGCCAAGCGUUUGAUAUGAUUCAUUGCUCACGCUGCCGAAUAAAUUGGACUCGUGAUGAUGGUAUCCUGCUCCUGGAGGUUAAUAGAUUACUUAGAGCUGGAGGCUACUUUGCUUGGGCAGCACAACCUGUUUAUAAGCAUGAACAGGCCCAACAAGAGGCAUGGAAAGAGAUGGAGGACCUCACUACCCGACUUUGUUGGGAGCUUGUGAAGAAAGAGGGAUAUAUUGCUAUGUGGAGGAAACCCUUAAAUAACUCUUGCUACAUGAACCGUGGUCCUGCAGUCAAACCUUCACUUUGUGAUGCUGAUGAUAACCCAGAUGUUGUCUGGUAUGUUAGUCUCAAAGCUUGUAUUAGUCGGCUUCCAGAGAAUGGCGAAGCACCACCUCCUGUUCAAUGGCCUGCACGCUUAAUGGAGCCACCAAAGAGGCUUCAGGGUGUUGAAAUGGAUGCCUACCCAUCAAAGAAUGAGAUUAUCAAAGCAGAAACGAAAUUUUGGGAGGACAUAAUUGAUGGUUAUAUCCAUGUCUUUAAGUGGAGGAAGUUCAAACUCCGAAAUGUAAUGGACAUGAGGGCUGGAUUUGGAGGGUUUGCAGCUGCAUUAAUUAGUCGGAAACUUGAUUGGUGGGUGAUGAAUGUUGUUCCUGUUAAUGAGCCAAAUGCACUGCCCGUAAUUUUGGAUCGGGGGCUUCUUGGAGUAGCUCAUGACUGGUGUAAUAUCUCUAGCAUCUUGCUGGAGAUGGACCGGAUACUCAGGCCAGGUGGUAAAGCAUAUAUUCGUGACCGGAGAGAAGUUAUACAGGAAAUCAAAGAAAUAACAAGCGCUAUGGGGUGGCGUGGUACUAUACGUGACACUGCCGAAGGCGCAUACGCCAGUAGGAAGGUUUUGAUGUGUGACAAGCCUAUGGUGCGUUAGGCGAUCAGGGGAAGGUUCGAUGACACCUUUGUGGCUAGUUUGGAAAUUCAAAUUCUCAGGGAUUUAAAGAGAUUUAGGAUUUGUUCGGUUUGAAUUGGAUUGAUGGGGAUUUUAGGGGAUUUAAUCCCCUUCUAUACAAAUUUGUAUAGGAGGGGAUUUAAUCCUCCCCAAUCCCAAAUCCCCUCCUAACCGAAUAAGACCUGAGAGGGAAAUGAACUCAAUCUCCCUCAAUCCACCCCUAACCGAAUAGGCCUGAGAGGAAAAUGAACUAAUUUCUCCUUCAAUUCUCUCCAAUCCCCGGAGAGGGGAUUUGAGUUUCCAAACUAGCCAUUGAAGUUUCGAAUUGCCAAGCAGGAGUAAAUUUUCAGGAACUUUUGGAACUGUCAAGAGCUGCUGUCGAGACUUUUGACUAACAUUUGUUCUGUAGAUAGGGUAGGUCAAGGUCUCAUUUGUAACUAUUUAUGUGAUCAUUCGUACAAUGAUGAUCAGUGUAAUUCCUGACAGUCAUUUUUUUGUUGUAGUCGUUAUUGAAAUCUUACAAAAGUGUAGGAGAUAAUUUAUCGGAAGAAUGGCCAUUUUUUACUCUAGGUGACA